GUAUCCUUAGAUGAUUGCUAGAAAGCAUGGAAUCAUCAAAAGAAGAUAUAAAAUUUAUUACUGAUGAGACGCUGGAUUUUGGACUGUUUUCUCCUUUGGAUGGUGGUGAUUGCUGCUAUAGACGAGAAGAGGAAGAGUCUAUAACUUGCCCCCUUGAGCUCAGUGACAAGAGUGUGGCACAAGCUGUUGAUCUGAACAUCUUGUUGGGGGAGAAUGAUGGAAGGGCUAGAGAGCAAAUUCCCCAGUGGAGCCCCCUGACUCCAGAGAAGCUGGAAGAGGUCAUGAAGGAAGCUAACCUGCUGGCUGUGCAGCUUGAGAAAUGUCAGCUGCUGGAAAAGCGGAGUGUCAAUUCUGAAACAAAGCUUGAGACAGUUCUAGAACAUGAGCUUUUACCCCCAAGUAGGUUCAUGUGUACGGAGAGUGAGAGUCCCCAGAACUCCCGGAGAAAGACUUUCAAUGUGAACAACAGUCCUCUGAAAGCUCUGCUCCCAACAGUGGAACCAGUUACCUGCUUGGCUCAAGGUUCCCCCAAAGCUCUCUUCUCCAAGGGCGGAAAUCCUCCUUCCUGCCUUGUGGACUUGCCUAGUCCCCGGAGACUCCAAAAUACAACUUAUGAUUGCAGCACUGGUGUUCCCCAGUCUAAGCUCUCUGAACCCAAGGCCUCAAUGACAGUGACAUCUGGCACUAAAAAGGCAACUAUCAGGAACAGCAGGACAGAUAAACCACUUGUCCUCCCUACUGCCACAAAAGGCCAGGAGCCCUUGCUGCAUUUGAAACCUGUCCCUCAAACCAGCAGAAGGAAAAUGCUGAGGAAGACAGAAGCUUCUGCUAAAAACUGUUCUGAUCAAGAUCCACAGGUAUAUCUGCAGGUUUCAUCUAGCAGAGGGACAGUGCCUGUUGCACAAGUGAAAGGAAAGCUGAAUCCUCAGCUGCGUCUCCUGCAGACCAGCCCUGUGAAAAAAAUUCCAGUUGCUCCAGAAAAGAUGGUACCUCUCCAGAAGACAAAUGCAAGUCAGGUGAAAACUAUGGGAGGCAGUGGCCCCAAAACACAAGCCAGCUCCAAGCCUCGUGGUGGCUCUUGUCAGAUUCAAACAAGGCGCACUGCCAUGUCUGCACUGGCAAGCCAACUCCCAGUGCCAAAGCCAACCAGUCGUACUGCUGCUGUUUUAGGCAGACACACAGUUCCUGGGAAAUCCAGCCAGCUUAAAGCAAUGAGUUCAGAAACAUCUGGUGGGCAGGGCUCCAUUAGACCAACUUCUGUGGCUGGGAAGAAAGCUGCAUGUCAGAAGCCAGUCCCUUCUGGCAUUUUUCAGAACAGCAGGCUGCGGCUGCCAAAGACGACAACUUCUAGCAAUUCAAGGUGAGGGACUGGAUCCCUGGGUUUUGAAGCCACUUAAGUGGUCCUGCCUCACCAGUGUCAAUGAAAUGAUACUGACCCCCUGAAGAUAGUCUGUGGGAAGGAAGUCAACCCAUGUAUUAGUGUACGUGUCAGUGGGGGAUUAUCUGGAAUGCUCAUCUGUUGAAUAUUCUGGUUACUGAAUGCUUGCAGAUCUGAUGGCUAACAGUUGAAAAUCUAUCCACAUUGUUUAUAAAAGCAAAAUCCCAGUCCUUAGAUUAAAAAAAUACAUUAUUGAUUGCUCUAAAUAAUGGAAUAGAUUUGAGGUGUAUGUAAAAAACAAGUAUACUAAUUAAGUGCAUACUGAUUUUAAGCAUUUGUGAACCUGUCCUAAUUAUCUACUCCACCUGUCCUUUAAGAUAAUACUACCAGACAUUACUAACUUCUUGGGAACAAGCCAGAAAUAACUGAUAAUUUGGGAUGAUGCCUCCCUUUGAAGAUAAAGCUGUUUUGGUCUUCUGUCACAGGAAACUCUUGUAAUUGCUUCUUUCAGGACAACUUUCAAAGCUUGCACUGUGCAUCUCCUCUAAUGUUACCAUACUCUGGGUUUGUGGCUUGAAGAUCUGGAGUAAGGAAGCAUUACCAGCUCUUGUCCUGUCAUUAUAUUCCUUAGAUUUAUAGAUGAAAUUUGUGUGGCUAGAAGUCUGUUUGAGCUGCAGCCUAUGAAACCUUGCUGAGAUGUUGCUGAAAGGGAGAACUCUGGUUCCUCCAUACCAAUGCAGACAGUCUCCUUACUUGCUGACAAUUGGUUUAUCUUGAGACUUCGUUAGAUUAAAAACAGCCUUGCUGGAGCUCAGUGGAAUACUUAGUCUCUUAUAAAGUAUAUCAUCAUACAGCACAGAGCUGUAAAGAAGCAUUAUGUAAUACUGAAUAAUAUAUGCACUGUUGAUCAUUUUGAUAUUUACUUUAAAAGUAAACACUAAUGUACAAUUUCAGUUGUUAUAUGUGAAGGACUUGUUUCUUUUGGUUAUACUUACUUAAGAGUGAGAAACCUUUUGAUUUUUAUUAUCUGAAAGGCUAUGCAGCUCUUAUUUUGAACCCUUUAUCGUUUCAUACUUAUUCCAUACCUCUUUAUAUUAAACUGAGGAUGGCCAGUGGUAGUACUUUUUAUUCACAGAGCUCCUGUGCUAUUAGUAGUUGCAUAAGAGACAGAAACCUAAACAGAGAUGGAAAAAAAAUUAACUUACUCUGUGAUACAGUUGCUAAAGAUUUAUCCCAAAAUACAAAUCACACUCAUAUAAUUAACAUUUUUGUAUUACUCCUGAUUAUUCUUAGUGCAUUUGUGGCUUAGACCCUUCUUUCUUAAAGAUGAUGGAAAAGUAGUACACAGUACUGAAAAUACCCUUGCUUGCAAGCCAGUUUUGUACUACUUAGACCUACAUAAAGAUCAAAGAAUAGCUCUAAACAGCUGCAGUGGAAUUUUUAGAAGCUUGGUUCCAAACAGAUCUACCUGUCUGCCUUCAUCAGCCACCUACUUAAUCAAAUUUGCAAUGAUCUAACACAGAGGAAGAUGCCUUGGACAAAAAAUCUUCAGCUCCUUCCUAUUCUAAAUUAAAAUGGUGCUUUCCUGAUGUACACUAUAGCUGAAAGUGAAGGAGGCUGAGACUAUUUAGCAAUCUCUGCCCAGAAAGUGAUGUAUUAAUGAGUCAAACUCUGCAAUACUGAAAUUAGUUUCAAGACUAUAUAUUGACAGGACUCUAUCCAAAGAUGGUGGAAUGGUUCUUGGAAAUGCGGGAAUUCUUUCUCCAGCAAAUACUACGGAAUGGAAGGUGAAUUAUUCUUUGCAGCUUAAGUAAUUGCAACAGUGAAGUUCAUCAAUCCUUAUGCCUUGCGUAAGACCGAGGGAGCAAAUGCUGUGACAAAAUGCGGUAUUGAUUCUUCCACUAUGUUCAUGUAUGUUGUAGAUGUAUCUACUAAUUUCUGAAAAAUACAUGCUUUUCUAAUAAACACACACCCUGUGUAUUGACUGUUGUAGCAAAACCAACUCAAUUCCAUCAUUACCUCCUUGGUGAUCCGUGCUCAUUC